AUGAGCGAAUCCACCCACCCCACCCCCUCUCCCAACCCCGACGGCCGCCUCGCCCUCCAAUUCGGCGCCGGCAACAUCGGUCGCGGCUUCAUCGGCCCCCUUCUCUCCGAAUCCGGGUACCACAUCGUCUUCGCGGACGUCAACUCGUCCUUGAUCUCUUCAAUCAACGCUACACAUUCCUACGUGCUCACCAUCCUCGAAUCGGGCGCGGAUAUCACACAGACGAUCGAGAAUGUUUCCGGCGUUCUUUCCAGCGGCGACGGUGAGGAAGUGAUCAAGGUGUUCGAGAACCCGAAGUUGGAUAUCGUGACGACGGCGGUGGGACCUGUAGUGUUGAAGAAAGUGGCACCGGUGAUUGCGCGGGGUCUGAGGGCGCGGAGGAGCAAGCUUGGGGAGAAGGGCCCGGUGAAUGUGAUUGCGUGUGAGAAUAUGGUGAGGCAGACGGAGACGUUGAGGGGGUAUGUGUUCGAGCAUCUUCAGGACGAGGAGGAUAGGGAAUGGGUGAAUCGGAAUGUUGGAUUCGCGAACUGCUCCGUAGACCGCAUCGUCCCCCCCGCAACCCCCUCGCAUCCCUCCACCCCUGCUGACUCCCUCUCCCCCACCCGCUCCUCCACCCCCCUACCUCUCUCCUCGAACUCUCUCUCCCCCCUUACCGGCACCCAAACGCCCCUCGGCGUCCGCGUCGAAGGCUACUACGAAUGGAUCGUCGACCAACGUUCGCUCAAACCGACCCCAAUGGCCGUAACCAUCCCCUCGCUCAAAUCCACCUCCAACCUCGCCGGCUACCUCGAGCGCAAACUCUUCACAUUGAACACCGGCCACGCCAUAACCUCCUACCUCGGUUUCAUCCUGGGCUACACGACUAUCGAUGCGGCGAUUAGAGAUGAAAGGGUGUAUGAGACGGUCAAGGGGGCGUUGGAGGAGAGCGGGAAGACGUUGGUGAGGAGGUAUGGGUUUGAGCCUGGACAUCAUUCGAGGUAUAUAUUGCGUAUUAUUCAUCGGUUCGAGAAUCCGAAGUUGGGGGAUGAAGUGACGAGGGUGGGGAGGCAGCCGUUGAGGAAGUUGGGGAAGGGAGAUCGGUUGAUGGGGCCGGUGAAGUAUGCGCUUGAGUAUGGGUUGGGGUGGGAUAAUUUGGCGAAGGGGAUUGCGGCGGCGUUCAUGUUCGAGGCGGAGGGGGACGAGGAGAGUGUGGAGUUGCAGAGGAAGGUUAAAGAGAAAGGGAUAGAGGGGGCGGUGGAGGAGGUUCUGGGGUUUGAGAGGGGGAGUGAGGAGAAUGGGAAGGUUGUUGGGGCGUAUGAGGAGUUGAAGACGUGGAGGAAGUAGAAUUGGGAAGCGAAAUAGAUGAAGUCUAGUUUUAUGGUUUGGAUUGUAGCCCUGCUUGCCUCCUUGUUUUCAUUAGAUGGAUGUAUCCCCUGUAUGUACUACAGAAUAAUAAUCAACGCCCGUCCUCUCACCUCUUUCACUGACCAUACAAUACUACAGUAAUUCGAUGUACUCGAAGACGCUCAUUUUCAGGCUGUUUAUCAUCCUUCUACGUGGGCCGGUUUGUUUGUAUGUACAAUAGUAUGUAUGUUACGC